GGUCCGUAAACGCAGCGUCAUCCCCCGAGCAGACAGAUGUCGUCGAGCAGAGCGGAGAGACGGAGGGCUCUAAAUCUCAACUGACGCGGGGGAGAUGGGCGCUUGUCCGUUAAAAAAUGGACACAGUCCUUGACGGCGGCUUCGGCAGAUAACUUCUUUCUCUCUUCGGAAGAAGAGAGGCCAACUUUCUCACUCUCUCCGGCGUCACUCCAUCCAUGCCCGAGUGCGAGGCGGCACCAACCGCCCGGGAGAUGUGAGUUUCCGUCGCCACUUACGGAGAGCAGAGACUCUUUUUUUUUUUUUUUUACCAGCGUUGGAUUUAAAGCGAAGUUAUGAAAAUGACCGGAGCCAUGGAAACUUCUUUCAAGCUGGCUUUGAAGAAACCGCCCUCGCUGCGGACCGCAGAGGACUUGCACACCAUCUACUGCCACCUGUAUCACAUGGACGUCCUCUCUCACCUCAGGGAACACCAGCUGAGGUCAAUGUGUACCUCAGCCAGAUACGAGAGACACGAGGCCAACCAUAUCCUUUUCUUCCCUGACAGCGUCGCUACCUGCUGGUACAUCUUACUCUCCGGAUCCGUCUUUGUGAAGGAGCACAUGUACCUGGCGAGAUGCUGUUUUGGCAAGCAGCUGGGGGGCAGACGAGGCUGUGAAUGCAUCACUUUGGAGCCGUCAGAAAUGAUUGUGGUGGAUAACAGCAGCGAGGGGGACGACAGUUUUCUGCAAAGAGAAGGGUCUCAACGGAGGUCCAGGAGGCGAUUCAGGAGGAUCAACCCCAAGGGAGAGCGGGAACUUAUCACAGAUGGCCAGGAACCGGCAGGCUACAACACACUUCCUGCCGACCUCAACAAAAUGCACCUGACGGACCACGGCCAUCAGCAGGUGAUGCACAUGGCUCCGAGCCAAUCAGGGUGCAGCAUCGCCAGCGACUCAGGAAGCAGCAGUCUCUCGGACAUCUACCAGGCCACAGAGAGCGAGCUCGGAGACGUGGACUUGUCAGGUCUUCCAGAGGCUCCUGUUGACAGCGAGGAAGAAGAGGAAGAAGAUGAAGAUCUGGAGAGAGCCUCCAUCACUCUCCUGGGCCGGGACCUGGUCCGAGAGUGUCUGGAGAAAGAUCCAGCAGACCGCAACGACGAUGACAUCGAGCAACUGCUGGAGUUCAUGCACCAACUACCCGCCUUUGCCAACAUGACCAUGUCGGUGCGCAGAGACUUGUGCAGCGUCAUGGUGUUCGAGGUAGUGGAGCAGGCGGGGACGGUCAUUCUGCACGACAAACAGGAGUUGGACCAGUGGUACGUCAUCUUAAAUGGAGCUGUCGAGAUCAGCCACCAUGAAGGAAGAGUGGAGACCCUCUGCAUGGGCAACAGCUUCGGCAUCUCCCCGUCCCUGGACAAGCAGUACACCAACGGCGAGGUUCGGACCAAAGGAGACGACUGCCAGUUCGUCUGCAUCGCCCAGGAGGACUACUGCCGCAUCCUGAACCAUGUGGAGAAGAACACGCACAAGGUGGAGGAGGAGGGCGAGAUCGUCAUGGUGAAGGAGCACCGCGAGCUGGACCGCAGCGGCACCAGGAAGGGACACAUCGUCAUCAAGGGAACCCCAGAACGUCUGAUCAUGCACCUCGUCGAAGAACCCUCGGUGGUGGAUCCCACCUACAUUGAGGACUUCCUGCUGACCUACAGGACCUUUGUGUCGAAUUCCAUGGAGGUCGGGAAGAAGCUGCUGGAGUGGUUUCAGAAGGACAGUCUCAGAGACACAGUAACAAGAAUAGUUCUGCUCUGGGUCAACAACCACUUCAAUGAUUUCGAGGGCGACCCAGCGAUGACCCGCUUCCUGGAGGAGUUCGAGAAGCUUCUUGAAGCUACAAAAAUGAAGGGACACUUGCGACUGCUCAACAUCGCCUGCGCAGCCAAAGCGAAGUGGAGGCAGAUCACGUUGCAGAAGGCGUCCAGGGAGUCACCGCUCUACUUCAGCGUGCAGGGCGGCAGCGAGAGAGGCUUCGGCAUCUUUGUCGAGUCUGUGGAGGAGGGGAGUAAAGCUGCAGAGGCCGGACUCAAGAGGGGGGACCAGAUCAUGGAGAUCAACGGUCAGAACUUUGAGAACAUCACCUUCUCCAAAGCAGUGGACAUCCUCAGAAACAACACACACCUCGCUCUGACGGUCAAAACCAACAUUUUUGUCUUCAAAGAGCUCCUCAGCAGGAUCGUGCACGAGAAGAAAAACGGUGGUCCUCAUAUACCUAAAAUUCAGGAGAAGAAGGGGAACCGGUUUUCCAUCCCAGAACUUCCUGGAGACAUGGAGUUUCCCACGGACCACAAGGCCACCAGGAAGAUGAAGGCCAACACAGUUUCUGGAGGCCGCAACAAGAUCAGGAAGAUGCUGGAGAAGACGCGCUUCAGCAUUCUGCCUCCGAAACCCUUCAGUGACGGUGGUGUGGGUCAGUCUCAGGACGACAGCAUCGUGGGGACGAAGCAGUGCCGGCACAGCGUCGCCAUCAUGCCCAUACCUGGGAACUUAUCGUCCAGCAGCCCGGACCUGCUGCAGCCGGCCACCAGUGUGCUCGACUUCUCCUACCCUGCAGCUCUGGGACUCUACUACAUCCCUGAUCAGGUGAUCCGGGUGUUCAAGGCCGAUCAGCAGAGCUGCUACAUCAUCAUCAGCAAAGACACGACGGCCAAGGACGUGGUGGCCCAUACCGUCAACGAGUUCGGCCUGCUGGCCGUCCCAGAGAACUACUCCCUCUGCGAAGUGUCGGUCAGUCCGGAGGGGGUCAUCAAGCAGCGCCGCCUCCCAGACCAGCUCUCCAAACUGGCCGAUCGGAUCCAGCUCAACGGCAGGUACUACUUGAAGAACAACAUGGAGACGGAGACGUUGUGUUCCGAUGAGGACGCGCAGGAUCUCCUGAGGGAGAGCCAGAUCUCACUGCUGCAGCUCAGCACCAUGGAAGUGGCCGCCCAGCUCUCCAUGAGAGACUUUGAGCUCUUCAGGAACAUCGAGUCGACUGAGUAUGUGGACGACUUGUUCAAACUGGACUCGUCGGCUGGAAGCGGCAACCUGAAGCAGUUCGAGGAGGUGAUCAACCAGGAGACUUUCUGGGUGGCCACGGAGAUCCUGAAGGAGCCCAACGCCCUGAAGAGGAUGAAGACCAUCAAACACUUCAUCAAGAUCGCCCUCCACUGUCGCGAGUGCAAGAACUUCAACUCCAUGUUUGCUAUCAUCAGCGGCUUAAACUUGGCUCCGGUGGCUCGGCUGCGGAACUCCUGGGAGAAACUUCCAAGCAAAUACGAGAAGCUUUUCGGGGACCUGCAGGACGUCUUCGACCCGUCCAGGAACAUGGCCAAGUACCGGAACAUCCUGAGCAGCCAGAGCAUGCAGCCGCCAAUCAUCCCACUGUUCCCGGUCGUCAAAAAGGACCUGACCUUCUUACAUGAAGGCAACGACUCCACCGUGGACGGGCUGGUCAACUUCGAGAAGCUGAGGAUGAUCGCCAAGGAGAUCAGACACGUGGUGCGCUUGACCUCUGCCAACAUGGACCCCGCGCUGAUGUUCAGACAGAGGAAGAAGAGGUGGAAGAGUUUAGGGUCUCUAAGUCAGGGCAGCACCAACUCCAACAUGCUGGACGUUCAGGGCGGCGCGCACAAGAAGAGAGUCCGCCGCAGCUCGCUGCUCAACGCCAAGAAGCUCUACGAGGACGCACAGAUGGCCCGCAAGGUGAAGCAGUACCUGUCCAACCUGACGGUGGAGACGGACGAGGAGAAGCACCAGAUCAUGUCCCUGCAGUGCGAGCCCACGUACAGCACCUUAUCCAAGAACUUGAGCGAGAGACGUUCCACCAAGUCGGACAUGUCUCCCGUGUCGCUCCGGUCGGCUCUGCCAGCAGGGAAAGCCCAGAACAGGGUCUCCCAGGUCCUCCAGGUUCAGGUCCCCUUGAAUCCCCUACGAAAGAAGAGCACCGCCAAAGACAUCGGGAAUCCAAACUCCAACUCUCCUCAGGUGGUGAAGAAACCUCCAGUGAGCACGGCCGACGAGUGGACGACAAAGAGGCCGUCUGACGACACCGUCUCCACCAUCUCGUCCUUGCACUCCAGUCCGACGGUGUCCCCUCAAGGGUCGCCACGAAAAGUGGGAGGCGUGGCCAAGAACUCCAGCCAGAUGAACUUGUCCGGAUCUUCUUCGUCCCUGACCAGCGACGCCAGCACCAAGGCUGGCACCGUCAGCCUGCGCAGCUAUGGAAUAGGUUACGCUCUUCUACCAGCCGGGAAAGUCGACAACCUGUCCGACUCCAGCCACAGCGAGAUCUCGUCCCGCUCCAGCAUCUGCUCCGUGGACUCGGUACCGGCUCCUGGGCUGGAGGAUCGGUGCAACAGCACCGGCAGUCGAACCUCCUCAGCCGCCGCCGCCGCUCCCACGGCCAUGAUGUCCACAGCCGUUCCUGAGAGCUCGGCGCAGAACGCACACUCAAGCAGCGAUUACAGCCAACCCAGCACAAGUUCCUCGGCGGCAGGACGAUCGUACCCUUCCCGCGCCUCCACCUUUACCUCAUCCCUCUCCACGGAGGAGCUGACGCCCGACCACACCUCCCUGGACUCAGUGGCCGACAGCGGCCGCGGCAGCUGGACCUCCUGCUCCUCCAACUCCCACGACUCCUUCCAGAGCCUCCCGACCUCGUCCUGCCGGCCCUGGGACCACGGCAUCCACGGUCACCCGCUCGCCAUUCCUCACGCCCUGAUGGCGGGGUUCAAGCACACGCAGCUCUCCGGGCCCAUCGCCGAGGUGGAGUCAGCGGGUCACUCCUGGGCCAACGACGGUGCCAAGAAUCACUCCAGGGACUCGGAGUCCAGGCAGAGCUGGGCGUCGUCCAGCUCCUUGUCGGACACCUACGAGGGAAACUACGGGACGGUGAAGAGGAAGAACACAUCGGAGCAGCAGCCGUCGUCUCCCACCAAUGAAGAGGAAGGCGCCAGCUCAGACCCCGCCUACAAGACGGUGACGUCGAGCACAGACAAGGGCCUGAUAGUGUAUUGUAUCACUUCCCCCGCCAAGGAUGAGCGUUUCCGUGCCCCUCCUCCCACACCUCCAGGCUACCAGGGUCUGGCUCUGGGCGACCUGGGCAUCACGGACGCCGGCGCUCCCAGCGCUCCGGUGCCUCGGCCUCCUCACCUCAAACCCCCCGAGUACAGCGUGGCGCUGCAGAGGAGCAAACUCCUGCAGAGUCCGGGAGCUGCCGGGGGUCUGGCGGAAGCUCGGCGGCUGGCGGGGAACCACCAUCUCCACCAUCAGGAGCCCAGGAAAGGUGGAUCCACGCCGGUGCGUCAGGUGCAGGAGCUGGACAGCGAUGAAGACGAGCAAGUGUCGGCGGUGUAGCUCACUUUGACGGGUGGUGUUCAGGUUUUGGACUGGACUACAGCCUGACGCCAUCCCACUCCAGAGCACAUAGACCAGGCCCCGCCCCCCUGCACGGAUCAGGAUGCAGCUCUUGUCACGUGACGCUCAUCUUCUGACCUCAGUCACUCUUUUUUUUAAGAAAUGAACUCAAAAGGACAAGAGGAAACGCUUCCUCCACUGUCUGUGUUUUUUUUACGAUCAAAGGGACGACGCGUGGUCACAAGCUAGGACACCUCCGUUGGCUGUGGAAGAAGAGGUCGGGGGGUCACUUCCAAACUUGAGUGGUUCCAAAUUCAAAUCGCCUUUUUAUUUUGUCUCACUUCAUGAAUGUAGCUUUUUUUAUGAUCGUGAUUUCAUUUAAAUCCAAACGUGAUAAUGUUUUUUUUUGUCUUGUUUUAGGUUCCCUUAUUUGAAAAUGUAGCGUUUUGAUUUAAAGCUAAAAAAAUCUUUAAGAAAAUAUUUUUUAUUUAUUUAUUUUACAAAAUAAAAGUACAUUUACAAAAUAAGGUUCUGAUGUAUUAGAGCUGAACACAAUUUUGGGAAUGACCCCCUGCCUUGUUUUUUUUUUUUUUUUUUUUUCCUCCUCCAUUAUUAUUAUUUUUUUUUUCAAGCAGCUUUAGAUGCCCAAAGUUCCUCAAAGGUCCUCUAAUCCACCAGCGGACUCAACUGACGGUGUUUAGCUUCUUCAGACAGAAGCAGACCUGAAGCUCCCGCUCAGACGCGCCAACGUUCCCGUUACAAACUGUUCAAUAACUAGCCUCGAUGAUCAAUCGCCCCGAUGGCGCUGCCGUCUGCUCAAUAUGCGUCACUGCAGCGGAUCGGAUGAGAAGCGAAACAACGCAGCGCUGAUGCGUCGCCUCCAAGCUGAUCUGACUUUGUACAUUUGUUUAUAAACCGCAGCAG